AGGUGAAUCAGGCGUCGCGGCAGGAGAGGCAGCCGCCGCCCGGAAAGAGGACCCGCGCCUGCCCUGGCUCACCUGGCAAGUGCCCCCAUCUGUCGCCAUGGCUCGCCGGUCUCAGAGCUCUUCGCAGGGCGACAACCCCCUGGACCCCAACUACCUCCCGCCCCACUACAAGGAGUACUACCGCCUCGCUCUGGACACACUGGCCGAGGAUGGGGAGGAGAACUACCACCGCUUCCUGGCUGAGGAGGGCGCCCCGGACUUCCUCUGCCCCUCGGAGGUGGAGCACAUCACCCAGCACAUCCAGAAGCCCCAGUAUGCCCAUCAGGAGGGUGCGGGUGGCAGCACAGACUCCGGCCCCCACGACACAGACAUGGAUGGCUCCUCUGGCACUUACUGGCCCAUGAACUCUGACCUGGCCGUUCCAGAGCUGGACCUGGGCUGGCCCAUGGUCUUUGGGUUUCGAGGGACAGAGGUGACCACUCUGGUGCAGCCCCCACCCCCAGACAACCCCAGCAUCAAGGAGGAAGCACGCAGGAUGAUCCGGGCGGCACAGCAGGUGGUUGCCAUAGUGAUGGACAUAUUCACAGAUGUGGACCUGCUGGGCGAAGUGCUUGAUGCUGCAGCCCGCAGGGUUCCUGUGUACAUCCUGCUGGAUGAGAUGAAUUCCCAGCUCUUCCUGGACAUGGCAGCCAAGUGCAGAGUCAACCUCAACUACGUGGAAUUCCUCCGGGUGAGAACAGUUUCCGGCCCCACCUACUACUGUCGCACCGGGAAGUCCUUCAAGGGGCAUGUGAAGGAGAAGUUCCUGCUGGUGGAUUGCAUGGUGGUGCUGAGCGGGAGUUACAGCUUCAUGUGGUCGUUCGAGAAGAUCCACCGGAGCAUCGCUCACAUCUUCCAGGGAGAGUUGGUGGCCAGCUUUGACGAGGAGUUCCGCAUCCUCUUUGCCCAGUCAGACCCACUGGUUCCUCCUGCCAAUGUCCUGAUGAAGGCGGCAGAGACCCUCAUGGCACCCUUUGGCAUGGCGCCCUAUGGCAGCAACCUGCCCCUCUUCCCCAAGAAGCACCCCCUGCUCUUCCCCCGGGAAGACAACCUUUUCUCGCCACUGAUGGACAGGGUUGACCCAGACAGGUACUUCCUGUCCUCCUUCAGAAGAGACGACAUGCUGCGCCACACCUUGGAGGGGUCAGCAAUGCGGAUGUAUUCCAAGAAGGUGGAGAUGGAGAACUCCCAGCUGGACCCCGUCCGGGGCUUUCUCCGCUCGAAGCAGCUGGAGAUGGACUCCUUCAAAAGGCACAGCUUUGCAGAAGGGACCUUUGAGAACUUUGCUUCUUCAAAGCAGUUUUCCAGGCAGAUGUUCAUGAACAAUUUGGAUGAUUUUAAAAUUCAAUCCAGCCAUUUUCAGAAAGACCAGUUCUAUCAGUAUCAGUUUGAGCAUCCCCACGGUGCCAACCGGCCCCAGGGGCUCUUUGAGAGAAUAAGGGGAGGCAGGCCCGGGUUCAAUGAAGCGGAGGAUUACACCGACGGCUUCCGGUGCCCGGAAGUAGAAUCUGGUUUCGCCCAGGAGGGCUACCCUCUGCGGCUGGACUACGUGCCUUCCCAUUCCUCCAAGGAAGUAAGGCAUGGCUCUGACCAAGUGAAUGUGGCCGGGAAUGGCCCUCUUGGGCUGCCCUCCUUCCGGACACAGAACAUGGGGCAAAAGUUCAUGUGCCAGACGUCCCCAACCCAGAAACAGAGCCUGGAACAAAGGCUGUUCCUGCAGGACCAAGACCAGGAUGCAGAUCAAGGCAAGAAAGUGCAAGAGAACCGAGCUGGCCUGCGCAACUGGAGAAUUUCCUCGUACCUGAGUGGGUACCAGUCUGACCCAGGAGAGGAGGGUCUCCCGACACCCAUGGAGUCAGAGGCCUACAACGAGGUGCUUGGCCCCACAGAGCCCCUCCCAAGGUUCCCCAGUGACCUCUUCCCCUCUUUCAAACCCCCACUUCCACUUUCAGGAGCUGAGAGGCCAGCUGAGGAGGCCUCUUUGGUGAAGCAGGAUCCUUUCAGGAGCAGGAUAAACCCCUUGAUUCAGAGGAGCUCACGACUCAGGUCAUCCCUUAUUUUUAGUGCUGCAAAAUUGGACCAGCAGAACACGUCGGCUGAGAAAGUCCAGAUGAUUCAAAAAGAGCAGACAUCCAACGAGGUGACAAAGGACAGCGAGACAGUCAAGACCACCACUGCCUCCAAAGUAGCUGAGCUACUUGAGAAGUAUAAGACAGUGGGCAAAGACUCAGAAAGUAUGACCGUCAGUCACACAAAGGCCAUGUCCUCUUUCCUGCAGGAAGAGUCCCAGAAUGCAGAGAGGAAAUGCACCAAGUCGGUGCAGUACAAGAUCUUGGAGAGCCACGUGUCAGACUCCAAAGACUCUCUUGGCAGCUACAAGUUGCACUUGGAGUCAGAUAGGGCAUUUGGAGAGUCCACCUCUGCCGGUCAGCUCACUGAUGUGCUUGGCAAGGAUCCCAUUGCACAGAUGAGCAGUAAAACGGACAAGCUCUCUUCUCGGUUCUACCCAAUAGAGAACAAGCCCAGUCUACCAGAGGAGAGCCUCAUAUUUGUUGGAGAAACUCAGAAACGAGCUCUUGCAGAAAGGAAGGAGAAGCUUUGCUUCAAAGGGGAAGCUCAGAAUCUGCCCGAGACAGAAUUCAAGAAAGCAGAACAAGCCCAGACUGUGGAAGUUCCCUCCAAGGCUCACGGCUCCAACAGCUCCCUCAAUAAGCCAGAGGAAGAUGGCUGUAAGCAGGAGCAGAGCCCACGGGAGUUUUUCAGGAAAGGAUCUCUCAGGCUAAAGCAGCUGCUGAACCCCAAAGGGGAGAAGAAGCCAGAAGAAGACGCCACCCCUGAGAGCUGGAAGCCAGAGAAGCAGAGUGUGGGAGGUGUCAAGCGACUGUCCAAAGGUGACUUCCAGGAAGCAAUAGAGGAAGAGAAGUCUCCAAAGCUGCCUCCUUCCACCCUUGUCCCCAAAGGCAGCCAGUCCCCUCAGCCUCGGUUUCCCUCAUCCACAGCCAAUGUCCUCUACAGCAGCAACCUCCGGGAUGACACAAAGGUCAUUCUUGAGCAGAUUUCGGCUAACAGCCAGAAGAACCGAGCAGAGCUGGCCAGGCAGCUGCCAAGCUCCAGCAACCCAGAGCUGUCCAAGUCGGCCACCAGCUUGGACCACAGAGCUGAGGAGAGAAGCACCGGGAUCCUCCGGUCGGAGAGCUUUGGCAGCCACCGGCGACAUCUGCAGAGGGACCCUUCAGAGGACAGGGACUCCCUCCUGAAAAGGAUGGAGAGCAUGAGGAAGGAGAAGCGGGUUUACAGCCGGUUUGAGGUUUUCUGCAAGAAGGAUGAGCAUGGCGAAGAGGAAGGUGAGCCCGAUGCCAAAGACAAGAAGGUGGGCAAAUUCAUGCCCAAGCUCCUGGGCACAUUCAAAACAAAAAAGUGACUGACGUUGCUGCCCACCUUCAUCUCUCUGGUCCAGAAUCACUUUGCCUGGGACAAAUGCUGAUGGGAAGCCCUCCUGUCAGGACAGCUGCGUUGACCCCCACCCCCACCCCUGGCUGUGGAAUGGGCUGGGCUGGUGGCAGGGGGGGCUCUGGGCCCCUGGAGGGGGGGACAAAAGGGGCACCAGAAGGCGCUGCUUCAAACCAAACACUGUCUGUCGGGGGGAGGGGAGCCCAGCUGACAUGGAGUCCUGUAAUCAUCUGUCAAAGCAGCUUUCUGUGACAAACUUUCUGCUUCUGUGUCAGGAAUUGGCGGGUGCUGAGCUGCUUUUUGGGUUAAGAUCCAGCCUUUCUUGUCCAAUAUGGCCAUUCUGGCUUAGUGCCAACCUCAGUGAAAGCAUCACUGGCAACUCUACAGCAGCCUUCACAGCACCAGAAGAUGCCUACUUGACCAGCAAUGGGGACCCACCACUUAGCCAAAUCUUUCUCAGAGAGAUUGUUUCUAGUCUCUCUCUCUCUCUCUCUCUCUCUGUGUGUGUGUGUGUGUGUGUGUGAGUGGACAAGGCACUUGAGGGGCUGGGGGUACCAAGGGGAUCUGUGUAAACAGCAUUUGCAAUUGCAGGGUAGGCUGAGACUUAGGUUGGCAGAGCUGGCUGGGUGCUGACUUGCACCACUGCCCAUGUCACCAUUGCAAGGCAGAUGAGGCUUCCUCCAGGCGCUGGCAGGAGGGAAGAAACAACCCUGCUGGGCAGGGUGAGGAUAGGAAGAGGAGACGACAGUUCUCUGCUGAAGGACAGGGGCUUUUGCGUCACAUAAGUAGCUUCUUCUGCACCACCCUUCUUCUCACACUUCCCCUCCUGCCCCAAUCCUGAUACCCUCCACUGUCACUCAGGGCUCCUCCAGGCACCCUAUUUAUUGAGCAUCCUCCUUCCUGACUUGCUUCCACAAAGCUCCUGCACAGGAGACAAGGCUGCAUCCAGCCUUCAUUGGGCAUUUGUUCUCAUUUGCUUGCUGGGAGGUUAUACGACAAUGAGCAUCCAUCUUGGAUGGUUUAGACAUCUUGCUGGUCAUCAUUCAUUCAUCCCACACUUUUCAGUGUGUUUCCCUAUCACUUUCCUAAUUGCCCAAAGACUGCUUUUUCUUUUAAGUGGCUUUGUGGUGCUAGGGUGUCAGAGAGGGGUUUGAAUCACUUUAAUUGUGCAAACCUGAAUUUACAGCAUGAAUUGCUCCCAUGAGUCUGGAGGUGCGCAGACUAAAGUGGGCUGCUCCAUUUCAGACUGCAGGCAGAGCUCAUGUGAAAGAAUGCUCCUUCAUAAGUAAAUGUUCUUCCUUCCACAUAGAAAAUGACUUGCUGGCUUAAUCUUCCUGAAAUGAUUGUUGUCUAUGUGCAGGGAACUCGUUCCCUGGGAGGAGCAUUCACUCCUUUGAACUCCAUUCUGAACUGCAGCAGCUGCGGCUGGCCCAGCUGGGGCAGGAACUGCGGCUGAGUGGAAGAGGACUGCUGUUGUGCGUAGGAAGCCCCAGGGCAGCAAAGGUCCCUGGUGCCUCCCAUUAGACCAGUCUCAGUGAGCAGCACAGCCAGAAAAGGCUUUGGAGAAAGAGGAGAGGCGAAUCAGGCCAUGGACAGAAGCAGCUGACAAGGGGAGCAGACACACAGAUAAUGUUUAAUGGCUGUGGUUCAAGUUGCCCACCCUGCUGGAAUGAUUACCAGCAAGAGGAUUCAAGCCAGGUCUUGGCCAGGAAUCCCACCCCACCCCCCCACCCCUCGUGCAGCAGUGGAAACCAUUGCCCACACAUGCUGAACCAGGAGCACUUAAGAGAGGCAACUAUUUAUGUCCCUGGAAAUAAACCAAUAGGCAUGUAAACCACCACUGCUUUAUGAGGAUGGUUUUCAGGGUGAGAGCAAAACCCACACAGGUUGUUAGAAGCUGGCAGCCAACGGGGAGAACCUGAUGUCCCUCCCUUUCCUCCUUGUGCUGCCUCUCUGCAUGCUGCCUUUGAAAGACAGAUUCUGUUGUUGAGGAAGCACAGCACAGCAGUACUUCCACGUAAGCAUGCAAAGGAGCACUGCCAUGUCCCUUUUGGGAGCUGUCACUCCAAGCCAUUGCUGCUUCCCCAAACAUAAGGUGGCCUCUCCCCAAAUCUCAGGGUGAGGGGGAUGCUACCUGCAAGCAUGGGCAGCCACCAGGCUGGAGCAUUUCUCAUGGUUUCAAUUGUGUGAACUUACAAAUUCAUGGAGGAGAGUUAAGGUGACUGCCAGUCAUGAGAGCCAUGUCCUGCCUCCAAGAACACCAAUCGCGAAGGGUCGCCACAGGGAGAGGCUGUUGUGCUCAUGUUCUGCUUGUGGGCUUCCCAGGAGCAUCUGCUGGGCCUCUGAAAGGAACCCAGAGCUGGACUGAAGGGCCCUCCCUUGCUCCAGUUCAGCUGCAGGGUUCUCUGUCUCUUCUGGACACCAUGCUAGUUGGUUUGGUUUGUGAAUGUCUUGAGAAGUGAAGAAAUGAAAGAAUCAAAGUAGAUGAUGGAAGGCUGGGAAUAUUGCACUGAAGAGCAGACCAUGAAGAGGGGACCAUGAAUGACUGCAGACAGGCCCAAGCUGUAAGGUGGAGUGCCAUUGACCAUUUGACUGCAUGUGCAGAGCCACAAGCCUCUGCUAAUCCUGAAGCACAGUUAAGUUGCUUAAAAUGCCAACUGGGUAGCAUUCAGCUGUCCACUGAAAUGUAGAAGCUACUUCUGGAGCAGGGCCCACAGGACUAACAAUUGGAGCAGGUGACAGGCAGAGGCCACCCAGCCAAAGCCACAGCAGAGGGGAGGGGGGCACAGAAAUACUGUAACAGGAGGGUUAACAUUCUGCACUAAAAGCAAUAAUAAGUUCUGUGACUGGAAUAAACUAUGCAAAUGUACAUACAA